ACUAUAUUGCCAAAAGUAUUGGCACACCCCUCCAAAUCAUUGGACUGGAGUGUUCCAAUCCCCUCAAUGACCACAGGCAUGCAGACUGCUUCUACAAACAUUUGUGAAAGAAUGGGUCGCUCUCAGGACCUCAGUGACUCCAAGCGUGGUACUGUGAUAGGUUGUCACCUGUGCAAUAAGUCCAUCCGUGACAUUUCCUUGUUACUAAAUAUUCCACGGUCAACUGUUAGUGGGAUUAUAACAAAGUGGAAGCAACUGGGAACAACAGCAACUCAGCCAUGAAGUGGUAGGCCACGUAAAAUGACAGAGCGGGGUCAGUGCAUGCUAAAGCGCACAGUGUGUAGAAGUCGCCAACUGUCUGCAGAGUCAAUAGCUAAAGACCUCCAAACUUCAUGUGGCCUUCAGAUUAGCACAACAACAGUGCUUAGAGAGCUCCAUGGAAUGGGUUUCCAUGGGCCGAGCAGCUGUAGCCAAGCCUUACAUCACCAAGUGCAAUGCAAAGUGUCGGACUCUAGAGCAG